AUGACUUCAGCCCAGGAUGAUACCAACGCUGUUGAAACAAGAUCAUGCUUUCCAGAUAUGUGUGACCUCCUGAGAGACUUUGGUGCCAUGACAGAAAAAGUGAAAGCCAUGGAAAGGAGGCUACGGGACAGUGAAAAUGAGAUUCUUGAACUAAAAAACAAAGAAGAAACCAAAGUGAUUUUCAGUGCAGCAAUCGGAGAAGGACUCAUUCAUGUUGGACCUUUCAACACAGAUAGAACACUAAUCUACAGAAGGGUGAUUAUGAACAUCAGUAACGCCUACAAUGAAGCCACAGGUAUCUUCACUGCACCUGUUUCAGGUGUCUACUACUUCAACAUUUUUUAUCAUGCUGGAGGGUUACAUGGAGCAUAUCUGUCACUCUACAAGAACUCCCAGCUGAUGGUCCAGACAACUGAACUUAGAUCAAACCCUGAUCCAAAUGAUGAUGGGGGAAACUCUGUGUUUCUGCAGCUGCAACCAGGAGACCAGGUGUACGUGCGUUUGGGUGCAAGUACGUGGGUUUGGGGAUCAGACUACCAUACGACUUUUAGUGGAUUUUUGGUCACUCAAAUGUAA